AUGUGGCAGCAUGAGAAUGAACAUGGUGACAUGCUGUCACCACCUGUGUUGCACGAGGUCUCUGAGGGCUUUAUCAGGUUUUACUUCAUUUUGGGGGGGAAAGAGGAGGGGAAUGGGGUAAAGGAGCAGAUGCAGCCUGACUCUGUCGGGGGUUAUGUUUUUCAGCUCUCUGACAGUGUCAUUGAUCGUAUGAAGGAACCUUCUUCGCCCAGUGGAAGGCCACAGUCUCAGAGCCGAUCGUCAGGUGCAGUUAUUGAUGAACAACUGAAGAAGAGAAUAGCUGAAGAACUGGCAUUAGAACGAGCCAGGAGAGACUCUGAAGCUCAAAAGAGAAGAUUGAAACAAGAGCAAAUGUAUGUUCGGGACGAGUUUGGGCGACUCCUGGAACAAGAGAGGAUCUCUUCAAAUGAGCAUUUGACUCGAGCCAUUCUCCGCGAGCGAGCUGCGACGGAAGAGGAGCGGCAGAAGGCCCAACGCUUU